AUGAGAACGGAAGCACAGGUGCUGUCCCCACCACGACAGCUCCCAGAGCUGGGGCCAGAGGGAAGCCAUGGACAGGCCCGGGCCCCAGUCCUGCUCUUGGCGCUGCUGACACUCUGCAUCACUGCUGGGACCCCCGAAGUGUGGGUGCAAGUUCAGAUGGAGGCCACCAAGUCCCCGUCCUUCACUGUCCGCUGUGGAUUCCUGGGAUCUGGCUCUGUCUCCCUAGUGACCGUGAGCUCGGGGGGGCCUGAUGGUGCCAGAGGGACUAGGCUGGCUGUUUUGCACCCAGAAUUCGGCAUCCAGCAGUGGCCCCCUGCCUGCCAGGCCGACUGGGAAACCAAAACCAGCAUCUCCCUCACCGUGAAAGAAGGGUCUGCGGGGAGAAGCCCCAGUCCCAACACCACCUUCUGCUGCAAGUUUGUUUCCUUUCCUGAGGGCUCCCAGGAGGCCUGUGGGAAUCUCUUCCUCAGCACAGACCAAGGGCUCCCUGCCCCUACUCCAGCUCCCAUACUGCGGGCCGACCUGGCCGGGAUCUUUGGGGUGUCAGGGGUCCUCCUCUUUGGCUGUGUUUACCUCCUCCACCUCCUGCAUCGGCAGAGGCACUGGUCCGUCAUGAAGGUCCAGCCCUGCCUUGCCAGUCCCCAGACACAGCCGCGAGCAAGGGCCCCCUACACCACCGUCAGUACCAGCUGCUACGGCCCGGCAACUCUGGACACGGUCCUCCCGCUGCAGCCACUGUCCCGGUGGGCGGCACUGCCCGCCCACACAGCCUGCCCGCCCCAGCCGCCCGCCCGCUGGGCACCCCUGCCAGCCUCCGCACGCGACAGUUUCAUCUCCAUGGAGAACGGACUUUAUGCUCAGGCGGGAGAGCGGUCUUUCCAAGCCGGCCCCAACCUCGUCCCUUUCCCGGACUCUCUGGGGCACAGAGCCGUGGAGGGGCAUUUAGGAGUUCGAUGAGAGGGACCCCACGUCCGCUUGGGCCUC